UUAACAUCUGUUAUAACAAGACUUAUUUAAUACCAAGCACCAAAUCAAUCACAACGUAUGUGUUCCUUAGACUAACUAGCUGGUUAUUUGGUGCCCGUAGCAUAAUUUCUGUGCCCUUGUUGUUAAAUUGUGUUAGCCUUACUGGAACUGCGAGCCACCAAUCGACCAUUAGAAAAAUGAAUUUCGCAGCGGCUAACGCCACUCCCAUGAUCGCCAUCGGCGUCGUACAACUGCUUUGCGGUGUCGCCAUCUUCCUUGCUGAAGUUUUAUCGCUGUCGCUGUACGAAUACUCCGGGACGGUCUACUCCGGUAUCGUCCUGGGCAUCUUCUACAUCAUCACCGGCUCCAUCGGCACAGCCGCCGGAUCCAGCGCCCGCAACCCCGCCGGAUCGGGGCGGUGUUUGGCCAUCGCUUCGCUCGUGAUGAGCAUCCUGUCCAUUCUGAACGCUUUCAGCAUGAUCAUCUGGUGCAGCGUUUUUCUCGACAUCGCAUGGUAUCUCGACAGCUACUUUUUCAUUAUCCGCUAUUACGGAGUCAGGGUGGUGGGCACCCAACUGGCUUUCUUCAUCAUCGUCUUCAUCGCCAGCAUCGUCAUGUGUGUCUUCAGCACGCGUGCGAUGAAAGCAAUGCGCAGCAACACGAUGACGACGGUGACACACGUGACGCACCUGGUACCGCAACAGGGGAUGGUGUACAAUGUGGCACAGUACCCCGGUCAGCAGUUUGCCGCCUAUUCGGCACAGCAGCCUUACGGACAGCCGCCUGCUACUGCCUAUGCCUACUCGGGACAGCAGUUCUUUGCACCUCCGGCCUCGCAUAAUGUUUAAGCAGCGAUUAACUGGACUGGCGCUUUAUGGUCACGAAGUAAACAUAUCGCUUAAAAUGAUGGAAGUGUGACUGUAGAUUUUAAUGACUCUGUCUUCUCUGUCUUUGGUACAUUUUGUUGUACUGUGUAACAGACAAGCACGAGGAGAUCACGAGUGAGCUUUAUUGUACAAAUAAAGUGGG